CUAUUGGGCAACAGGGCGGGGCCCCGGUGAGGUCACCAAGCCUGGAUAAAGGGGCACGGGGAGGGCACGGAAGGCAGAGCCUUGGUUCUCCAAGUCGCCUCAGGUCCGCAGACAUGAGGGUCCUCUUCCUCGCCCUGCUGUUCCUCGCGGCCCUUGGAGUAUGUCUGGCUGCUCCUAGGAAGAACAACGUUCGAUGGUGUACCAUUUCACAACCCGAGGCAACAAAAUGCUUCAAGUUGCAGAGGAAUAUGAGAAAAGUGGGUGGCCCCCCUGUCUCCUGUAUCAAGAAGAACUCCUACCUUCAGUGUAUCCAGGCCAUUGCUGAAAAUAGGGCAGAUGCUAUAACCCUCGAUGGCGGUUUGGUGUUUGAGGCAGGGCAGGCCCCCUACCAACUGCGACCUGUAGCAGCGGAAGUCUAUGGGACAGAAGCGAAACCUCGAACCCACUAUUAUGCUGUGGCCAUCGUCAAGAAGGGCACCGGCUUUCAGCUGAAUCAGUUACAGGGCCGGAAGUCUUGCCACACAGGCCUUGGCAGGACUGCUGGCUGGAACAUCCCCAUAGGGACACUUCGUCCAUUCUUGAACUGGGCGGGGCCACCUGAGCCCCUUGAGGCAGCCGUGGCCAGAUUUUUCUCAGGCAGCUGUGUUCCUGGUGCCGACGGGACACGUUUUCCCAGCCUGUGUAGCCAAUGUGCGGGGACGGGGGCAAAUAAAUGUGCCGCCUCCUCCCAGGAACCGUACUUUGGUUACUCUGGUGCCUUCAGGUGUCUGAGAGAUGGGGCUGGUGAUGUGGCUUUUGCCAAGGAGAGUACCGUGUUUGAGGACUUGCCAGACAAGGCCGAAAGGGACAAGUAUGAGCUGCUGUGUCCAGACAACACCCGGAGGCCAGUGGAUCAGUACAAGGAGUGCCACCUGGCCCGAGUUCCUUCUCAUGCUAUUGUGGCCCGAAGCGUGGACGGCAGGGAGGACCUCAUCUGGGAGUUCCUCCGCCAGGCACAGGAAAAGUUUGGAAAAAACAAGUCAUCGGGCUUCCAGCUCUUUAGCUCCCCCCCUGGGCAAAAAGAUCUGAUGUUCAAGGACACUGCCCUGGGGUUCUUGAGAGUCCCACCAAAAAUAGAUGCUGGGCUGUACCUGGGCUCCAACUACUUCACUGCCAUCAAGAACCUGAGGGAAAGUGAGGCAGAGGUGGCAGCCCGGCAGCAGCGGGUGGUGUGGUGUGCGGUGGGCAGCGAGGAGCAGCGCAAGUGUGCCAGGUGGAGCGAGCUGAGCACCGGCACCGUGACCUGUGCCUCGGCUUCCACCACAGAGGACUGCAUCGCCCUGAUCCUGAAAGGAGAAGCUGACGCCAUGAGUCUGGAUGGAGGGUUUGUCUACACUGCUGGCAAGUGUGGUUUGGUGCCUGUCCUGGCAGAGAACCACCCAUCCCAAGAGAGCAAUGAUUGUGUAAAUAGACCGGCAGAAGGGUAUCUCGCCGUGGCGGCGGUCAGGAAAUCAGACGCUGACAUCAGCUGGAACUCCCUGAAAGGCAGGAAGUCUUGCCACACUGCUGUGGACAGGACCGCAGGCUGGAACAUCCCAAUGGGGCUGCUCUUCAACCAGACAGGCUCCUGCAAAUUUGGUGAAUACUUCAGUCAAAGCUGUGCCCCAGGGUCUGAAUCUACAUCCAAUCUCUGUGCUCUGUGUAUCGGGGAUGAGAACGGUGAGAAUAAGUGUGUGCCCAACAGCAAGGAGAGAUACUAUGGCUACACCGGGGCUUUCAGGUGCCUGGCUGAGGGGGCAGGAGAUGUUGCAUUUUUGAAAGAUGUCACUGUCUUGCAGAACACUGAUGGAAAGAACCCCGAGGCAUGGGCUAGGGACUUGAAGCUGAAUGACUUUGAGCUCCUGUGCCUCGAUGGCACCCGGAAGCCUGUGACUGAGGCUCGGAGCUGCCACCUGGCUGUGGCCCCAAAUCAUGCUGUGGUAUCUAGGAAAGAUAAGGUGGCACGACUUGAACAGGUGCUGCUGGAUCAACAGGCUCAGUUUGGAAGAAAUGGCAGUAGGUGCCCAGGAGAGUUCUGCCUGUUCCAGUCUGAAACCAAAAACCUUCUGUUCAAUGACAACACUGAGUGUCUGGCUAAACUUCAUGGCAGAACAACAUAUGAGAAGUAUUUGGGACAGCAGUAUGUCACAGCUGUUGCUAAUCUGCGGCGGUGCUCAACCUCUGAGCUCCUGGAAGCCUGUGCUUUCCUCAGGAAGUAAACCCCAAGAAGACAGACCAGCCUCCCCAAGGAAUCUGCAGCUCUUCAGGGUCCUCAACCCCAACCCUUUGUGUGCAGAUCCUUGUCCUUUCCUGACGGAGGGGAUGAGGUUGGCCAAACCAAAUGCUUUCACAAUUCCCUGUUGUCAUUCUUAGGAAGAAAUAAAAUUAGAAAUGUUUUUGGUUUUC